GCAGAACUCGCUUGUCUGGCAUCUUAUUUUUAAGGGCGCGGGGGCGGACAUGAUUGCCGAUUUCGUUUUGUUUGCCUAUGACGUUGGGAUCUGCCUGGCCUCCGGCUAAUGUAUAGCCGCGCCUGGGGUGCCCGGCUACGCCAAGAGGCGAUCUGCGGUCCGCUAAUGCUCAUGCACCCUUGCUGCCGUGCCCCUCGUUUAUCGUUCCACGUUUUGCACGCUCUGGCUGCCAUACCCCAGCCCAUCAAGCUGCUUCGAUCGCUUGCAGGAAUCGUCGGCCAGAGAUCGUCUUCGGCUGUCGAGAACAGCAGAAGCUUGUGCUACAGUCCCUCCCAUUAGCCCACAGGCCCGCGGUAUGUUGCAGUGCUUCUAUAUGCCGAAAAUUAGCGCGGGUUCAGUGGGUGGACAUGCAUACAUGCACUUAGCCAUUCAGUAGAUCGGCUGCAUGCCUCCUACCCCGGCGUGUUGGGUGUGGCCCGGCAACCGCCGCUUGCAGCCUGGUCGAUUGGUUGUGGCUAGUUCGGCAUACAUGGCCGAGCGACGAAUGUGAAGGCAAUGCUGCACGCACAUCCAGGAGCAGUGCGGUCUUCAGCCAUGCCAAACAUCCAGUAGUGAGCGGUUUGCGCUGGCCCAAGGGUGAAAAGGAAAGGGGCUAUAUAGAUCCAGCAAACGAGUCAGUGUGUGGACAUGCUGCUCCGGUGGAGCUCGCUGAUUCUGGUGCCGAUGGAGGGAGUAUGAAACAUGCUCAUAGUACCGGUUCAACCAGUUCGCGCUGACUGGGCGCUAGUAUUGCUAGUGAUGUACUGGCCAGUCACCAAAUACAGGCUCUCUAC